AUGAAGGCACAGAAUUUUAACUAUAGGAACUUUAAGUAUAAUAGUAUAUUAAGCACUGGAGAAAAUAAAAAGAUGCUUGAAUGUGAAUUCCAUGAACAGACAAUUGUCGUAAAGUGCACUGAUUUGUCAAAGAAACCCAAUUGUCUGGAUGAAUUGUUGAAUGAAGUUAAAAUUUAUAAAUCUCUUGCUAAACUUCAGGAGAUAUAUAUUCCAGAAUUGUUAUUUUAUAGCAAUUUUGCAAGUGGAAUGAGCUUUGUUAUGGGUAUGUCCAUGGUUGGCACUAUGUUAAGUCAUCAUAAGAUAGAUAAGAUUCAUGAUUAUAAGAUUCUUUACAAUAAUAUUCGUGAUCCUGGUUGA